AUGAGUUCCUCAGAAGUCAAACACGAGAAGGUUGCCAUCAUCACAGGGUCUACGAGUGGCAUUGGUCUUGAUCUGGCCAAACAUCUACACCGCCGCGGCUAUAAAGUCGCCAUUACUGGUCGAAGGGUAGAUGUCGGCCAGAAGAUUGCUUCAGUUGUUGAUUCGAGCGGAGACACCGCCCUAUUUGUCCAGUGCAAUAUCGAGUCCUACAGUUCACAAGCAAACCUCUUCAGGGUUGUCUGGGAGAAAUGGGGUCGCUUGGAUGUGAUCAUAGCUAAUGCCGGCAUUGUAGACAGAGGCAGCGUUUACAACUUUGGGCGCCGUUCGGCUGCAGUUGAGGAUAUCCCGGAUGAACCUGAUCUAACCUGUACUGAUGUUGACUGGAAGGGAGUCGUAUAUGGAACGGUCCUUGCUACACAUUUCAUGCGUCAUAACAAGACGCCUGGGGGGAAGAUAAUCGUCACCGGGAGCAUGAUCGGUGUCCACCCUUGCCCCACGUUCCCGGAAUACUGUUCUGUCAAAGCAGCUGCUCUCCAAUGGACGAGAGUAAUGGCUCCGUUACUUCUCAAGAAAGAGAAAAUUACCAUUAACAUAGUACUUCCGGGUGCUGUAGACACGCCGGUUAUGCCUGAUCUCCCCGUCGCGUUCCUACCAGAACAUCUCACCGUAAAAUCAUGCCUUCUCUCAGCAUACGACGAGUUUUUGAACGACGGAACAAAUCAGAAGACGGGUCAAGCGGUAGAAACUGCCCAUGACAAGCUUUUCUUCUAUGAAAUUCCGGAAUUCAAAGGUGGCGAGGUAUCUGAUAGAAAUAGACGGGUCUACGACCCUUGGUUCUCCAGGAUACAUGGAGAAGCAAGCGAAUUGGAAAAUGCUCUCACUGAGCCCCCUAUCAUUGCGGUUACUGGAGCCACUGGUUCACAAGGCGGUGGUGUGGUCAAUGUUAUGAGGAAGACGCCGGGAUGGCAGGUUCGAGCCAUCACCAGAAACCCGAAAAGUGAAGCAGCGCAACAGCUCACCGAUCAGGGAGUUGGAGUAGUAUCUGCUAGCUUCGACGAUGAAGACUCUCUUAGGAAAGCUUUUGAGGGUGUAAGCGCCAUCUUUGCAGUUACCAACUGGUGGGAACACCUCUUCCGAGGAAAGUCGCAGGAUGAGUCUGGCGAGAUUGAAGAAGAGCAAGGCAUGAGGAUUGCUCGCGCAGCAGCGCAAGUCCCCACAUUGGAGCAUUACAUCUGGUCGACGUGUCCCAGCGCCAAGAGAAUGUUCAAUGGCGAGCUGCUCACACCUCAUAUGGACUACAAGGCCAACGUCGACGCCCGCAUAAAGGCUGAGCUGCCUGAGUUGGCAAAAAAGACCACAUAUCUCUACUUUGGGUAUUAUCCGCAGAACUUCGCUUUUUUCCCGCUCCUAAAACCAUUUGAAUAUCCAGGAACGGGCCAAUACAUCCAGAUUGUGCCGGCCAAGCCUGAUUCCAAAAUCCUGUUGUCUGGAGACAUGACAGUCAACCCUGGCAUUUGGGUCCGUCAGGUACUAGCGACGGCUCCCAAGUCUUUUGAGAAGUACGCCAACGUGGCCUUGGAGAAGUGGACUUUCCAAAACAUGGUUGAAGUGUGGUCUGAAAUCACUGGCAAGCCGGCACGCUACAUUGAGUGUACUCUCGAGGAUUGGACCAAGAUUUGGGGCCCUGCGGGUAAUGAGCUUGCUCUGCAGUUCAAGUUCGGGGAGCGAUGCGAUCCUUGGGUCGAAACCGACGAGCACAUUAGUCCGGAAGAUCUAGGGAUCGCCCGUGAUGAGGUCGUUGGUUUUCGUGGAACAAUAGAGGGCUUGAAGCAUCUCUUCUGA